AUGACCACCAUCACCACCCAUCAUCACCAUUGCCACCACCACCACCCACCACCCAUCACCCCUCCACCAACUACCACUACCCAUCACCACUCGCCACCAUCACCCCCACCCACCACCAGACAAAACCAUCACCCACCACUAUCACCACCACCCCCACCACCCACUACAACUACCACCCACCCACCUCCACCACCCAUCACAACCACCUACCCAACACCCACCAUUAUGACCAACACCCAUCACCCAUCACCACCACCCACAACCACCACCCAUCACCACUACCCACCACCUACUACCAUCACCCACCUCCACCUCCCAUCACAACCACCCACCACCACCCCACCCAUGACACAUUAA